AUGAUUUUGGAUGAGAGUGAGACCAGUUCCUAUGAGAAGGUGCAGCGGAUUUUUAGUAUUAGUAGCUGCGAGACUGCGGACUACAAGGCUUUGGAUGACCAGCAGUCGAGCCGUUCUAUUUCUGAGGAAUCUUUAGUUGAAGACAUUAUUAUGUCGCCAGAUACGCCCAAGAUAAGGGAUGUAGGGAACAUCAUGCCAAAUAUUCCAGAUACUAUGAAGUCAGACAGUGAGAUAUCUACUAGUACUACUGAUGAAGGUUAUUAUUCAUUUGCGAACAUAUCAGACAAUACAACAGCCCCUGCAGUUACGAAUAACCGGUAUUCAUUUAGUGGUAAUACAGACCAGAAGGUUGCGCUAACUUUUCAAACGUCUCCCAUCAAGGCCAAAAUAAAUAACUGCAGCCGAAGUAGGUCAGCAUCUCCAAGGGAGAAGUCUGGUCGGGAGCUGAUGUUGUCUCGAAAUUCACUGGCCACAUACAAUAGUAAUUACAAUAGCAUGGAAGGUGUGCAGUCAACCGAACUCCCAUGCUUUCAAAUCACAUUGCCGGCGGCGUCAUCUUCGGCGGCCCUGUCGACGGUCAUGGCAAUAACUUCAAGAAGCUCGUCGAUGAUGUUCCGACGCAAUAUGUCGCUCAGGUACAGCCCAUCUAUUAUGUCUUCUUUAGGAUCUACCCCCACAAGGUUAACAAUGCCCAAGAGAUCGAGGGCGGUGAGAUGUAAGGGGGGUUUGCUGCAGUUUUUCACACAGUAUAUGGUUAAUACAAGAGCUAAACUUCGAAAGUGGGGAGUUUCAAUAAAGAAGAGAUAUGCUCUAAAAAGGAAGAAAAGGCAAGUUAAGGUUAAGCACAAAAAGCAGUCAACAACUUCGCAUCUGAAGAGGACGAACGGUUAUGUAUCCAACAUCCGUAGGUCGAUUUCUACUAGGUCCACCCUAGGUCCUAUUCCCAAUUUAGCUGCAGAUCAGACGUCACAGCCCCGGUUACUUCCCUUAAAUGCAAUAGAAAAUGCUACGGUUUUACAAACUAGAACAUCUUUGAGAAGAUCACCUUCCUCAAUCAAACGCGCUGCUUCUACAUUGAGGUCAGUGUCCCCAGUGAAUAAAGCCAGAUCAAACGAUGACCAAAACCAAUUAAAAGAGAAUCAAUUUAAUCACCGUUCUUCAAUUAAUUCUAAUAUAGUAAGGUCUACGGCGUCUACCUCACUAAAUUCCAUUAUUAGACAGCCAUCUAUCGUGGUCAAUAAUAAAGUUAUGCCACUCUGCAGAUUGUCUACUACUAAAUCUCAGUAUCCAAUUCGAGAGGAGGACGAGGACGAGGAAGAGGACGAAAACCAUGAGGACGAAUACGUCAUUAAUAAUUCGACUCAAAUGGUACCUGUGAAGGGCUUGCACGCUGAGAUAGCAUGUCAUAAUUUAGGCGAUGUCAGUCCCUCGAACUCCGACAAUUCUAGUAUCCAGACUUCAUAUUAUCAGGACGCUCAAGAUGACAAUGCCGAAUUAGAUAUUGAUAUCUCAGAUCAAGACGCUUUGGAAAAAAUGAUGACUGCAUGGCAUCAAUUUUUGAGUAGCACUAUCGCUUCUCGGAUCAAGAUGAGGCUGGACUUGCUCAGAUUCAAACAACAGUCUUUGACAGAUACAGAAAAUAUUAGCCUGUUAAAUGAAAUUCUUUGUGGAACAGACUUGCAUUUGGCUCUGCCUUCUACAAAUUUAAGCCAAUUUUUAGAAAGCUGUUAUUCGUUCGAUAGAGAUGCCUUAGAAGAAAUAUCCGCUGUAAGUUCAUACAAUACGCCCGAUGCACAAAGAAUAGAAAAUACCAGCAGCCCACUCCUAGGGUUACCAUAUGCCAUCGCUGGCGUUCGAAGAUCCCUGACAAUGCCUGUUGGGAUAAACUACAUCUAG